AUGCAUGACCUGUUGAGGGAUGUGAGUUUGAGAGAAGCUCGAAAACUGAAGUUUCUAUAUGUGUUGGAAGAGAAGAGCGUUCCAGAGGGCAUAUAUCCUUAUCGCCGUAUUGCAAGCAGGUUAAAACAACACGAAUAUCCAACUCAACUCAUUCAAUCUCUGAAAUCCGCACCACUUGUCCGCUCUUUCUUUGGGAGAGCUCCAACGGAUUUGUCGAAUAAUUAUGAGAAGAUUUUUCUUCAGCGAGUUAACACGCGUGUUCUUGUUAUUGGGGUUGGUGAAUAUUAUUUAACCAACGUUCUUUCUUCCAUCUCGUUUCUCUGGAAUUUGCAGACAGUGAUUAUAGAUAAGGCAAGGUGGGAUUAUUAUUAUGAUAUUUGGAAGGUGCCUCAACUUAGGCAUGUCAAAUUCAUCAACCGGGUGGAUAAUGAUUGUGCAUUUUAUGUCCCCGUUCCUCUCAGUGACGAAGAGGAUAUGGUGAUGGAAAACCUACAGUCACUUUAUAUUGUGUCCGAUCUCAAGUUUUGUGCCGGGGUGCUUAAAAGAAUCCCUAAUAUCAAAAAAUUGAAGUUGUGCUAUCAAAAAAACUAUCGAAAAGGAGGAGAAGAUGAAGAAGAUGAUUACCAACUCUACAAUAUUUGUUGCCUCUGCAAGCUCGAAUCUCUUAGCCUUAUGUCUUCUAGAGAAUACAUCCAGUGGGUGCGAGAAGUGAGCUUUCCAUGUUCUCUCCGGAAGUUGACAUUAGUAGAUACCUAUCUUCCUUGGGAAGACAUGAAGACAAAAAUAGGCCCGUUGCCGCUUCUUCAAGUUCUCAAGCUCAAAUGGCGCGCCUUCAUUGGGUCUAAGUGGGAAACAUUUGAAGACCAAUUCUCGAAUCUCAAGUUCUUGCUGAUUGAGGAAUGUGAUGUAGAGUGGUGGAUCACAGACAACACCCACUUUCCACGCCUUGAGCACCUUCAUCUUGGCCAUAUAAAAAGGUUGAGGGAGAUUCCUUCUUGCAUUGGAGACAUACCGACACUUCACUCAAUUAUGGUCGAAGAUUGUAGUGACUCAGUGGUGGCUUCAGCUCAAACAAUAAAGGAGGAGCAAGAGGAACUCGGCCUUCAAGACCUUCAAAUUCAUAUUGUUGAAUUUAUGUGGACCAUUAUUCUUUGGGCUUGA